AUACACCUUGCCAGAUUUAAUUUCUGACAGGAUAAAGAUGGCUGGUGUUGUUGCAGCUGCUGCUGCGAGCUCCGUGCUGGGGGGCAUGUACCUCAAUGGUAAACUCGGGCUGGCACGCGACAUUCGUGAAAUAAGGAAUCGUAGAGCUCAAGCAAAGGCAUAUCGAGAAGCAGUCCAAACCAAACGCCUCGCCCUCUACUACUUCUUCGAACACUCCGUCCUCACCAAACCCAACGCCGAAUGUAUCUGGUCCCGCACCGGCUCCUACACCUACCUCCAAACCUCCCAGCACGCCCACCAAUACGCUCAGUUCUUCCUCAGCCAGGGCGUCCAACCGGGUCAAUACGUCAAUUUCUUCCUGACCAACACUCCCGACUUUCUAUUCGCAUGGCUCGGUCUGUGGGCCAUAGGCGCCGCUCCGGCGAUGAUCAAUUAUAAUUUGUCGGGGAAGGCGCUGCUGCAUUGCUUGGGGGUGAGUAAGGCGCGGUUGAUGUUGGUGGAUGAUGAGGUGGAGUUGAGGGAGAGAGUUGAGGGGGUUAGGGACGUGGUGGAGGGGGAGGGGGAGGGUGGAUUGGGGUGUAGGAUUGUGGUGCUGGAUGAGUUAAUGAAGAGGGGGAUUAGGGAGGGGAAGGGGGAGAGACCGGGGAAUGAGUAUAGGGAUGGGGUCAAGGGGGAUUGGCCGAUGUGUAUGUUUUAUACGAGUGGAACAACAGGAAUGCCGAAAGGUGUUCCGUUCAACGUGGAUCGUGGUUUCUAUGUGGGUUGUGCCAGAGCGACUGGAUAUAGACGAACAGUCGAUGGAGAUCGCUGGUAUGAUUGUAUGCCGAUGUAUCAUGGAACUGGAGGCGUCCAAGCUGUCACUAUGCUGAUGACAGGCAUAACAAUCUGUAUCGGCAAGAAAUUCAGCACUUCGAAAUUCUGGAGCGAAGUCCACGACUCCCGCGCCACCUGGAUAACCUACGUUGGCGAAACGGCUCGGUACCUCCUCGCUGCACCUCCCUCACCACUCGACAGAGACCACAACGUCCGCUGUAUGUUCGGGAACGGCUUAAGACCAGACGUUUGGUUCAAAUUCCGAGAACGAUUCGGCAUCCCCGAAGUAACCGAAUUCUUCAACUCGUCAGAAGGUGUGUUCAGUCUGGUGAACUACUGCCGAGGCGAUUACCUAGCAACUUGUGUUGGAUACCAAGGCGCCAUCAUUCGAUUCGAAAAUCGGAAUAAGAUCGUGCCUGUCCUUGUGGAUCAGGUGUCUGGAGCUAUAGCACGGGAUCCACGGACUGGGUUUGCGAAACGACAGCCGUAUGAGAAAGGUGGUGAGAUUGUAGUUCAGGUCACGGAUAUGAAGGAGUUUUCAGGAUAUUACAAUAACCCGUCAGCGACACAGAAGAAGUUUGAGAGGGAUGUCUUCAAGAAGGGAGACUUAUGGUACAGAAGUGGUGAUGCGUUGAGGAGAACGAGAGACGGGAGAUGGUUCUUCAUGGAUCGGCUGGGCGAUACGUUUAGAUGGAAAGGAGAGAAUGUCAGUACGGCUGAAGUUGCAGAAGUGCUGGGGCAGUAUCCUGGUGUGGUCGAAGCGAAUGUUUAUGGGGUUUCGCUUCCGUCACAUGAUGGGAGAGCGGGCUGUGCAGCUGUUUACAUUGAUCCGAAUAUGGCGAAGGAUUUUGACUUUGCUGGAUUGCUCAGGUAA